GGAAAAUAUAGUGAUUGAUAUGGAGAUGGCCAACUGGCAGGGCUGGCACAACAAAAUUGAUCAGAUGGAUUAUCAGCUUGAAGAUUUCAAACCUGACAGAUGUCCAGAAAAAGCAUCUGUUGAUGAAGAAGUUGAUAUUAGCAACUUAAUAGAAUUUAUCAGAAAUGCUCUUGAAAAAGGCUCCAUUAAAACAGCAUUGUUUUACUUUAAAGUUCAAACAAAAUAUUCACUAAAAAUAUCGACCAAAAUCAGACAAAUUUUCUGAGAAGAAAGCAAUAUUUUUCAAAAUCCUUUAUUCAAAGAUGAAGGCUUUGAAGAAGCCAAAGAGGAGACACAAAGCUCUGUUGGACAAAAGAUAAAGAUUAUAUUUGGAACACAAGCCCUGUUCUUCGAACUCGGAAGACUUUGAGAAAAAUCCUCCAAUUGAGUAUUCUAUUCUGAUGAUCGUUGAUUCUUUGAUAGAAAUUUCUUCCAAAGCUUGGCUAAAAAUUCUGAUAAGACUUUCAUAUUUCAAAAGAAGGUCUCAUGAUUGCUAGAUGAUAUCAAGAAGUUUGAAUCUACAGCUCUGUUAAAUGGCAAAGAAGAUUUGGAUAAACUCUCUUUCAAUCAAGAGAGUUUGAAAAAUAUUCACCUAAUCUCCUGAUUAAAGCCCCAAAAGCUGGCUUGAGAAAGCAUCUCUCCUCUCAAGCAUAAGAGAGUGACAUUUUCAAUAAGCAAUGCCUCAACUGAUGCUUAUGAGUCUACUCAACCUAGCACAGCUAGUAGUCACAGUCAGAAUACUUCAGAGAAGUACAAUUCUGCUUCUAAGCUGAAUAGUUCAGGGAUUACUCUUUCUAAUUGCUCAACUGAAAUAUCUGAAGAAAUGGCAAAAUUAAACCAAGAUUUUACCAAAAGCGUGAGCUUUAAGGCCUCUGUUAUCGAUCUCUUGGCCAAGCUGCCAGGGUAUUUUAACAAAUCAGCUGAUAACUGGUCCUUGAAGUUCAUCAAUGCUCUUGAGAAUUUGGUCAUCCAGCAUCUGAACAAGACAGAAAAGGGCAAGAAGGACAAGAUGACUGAAAAGGAUAAGGAAAACUACUUGCUGUUCUUCAGAAACUAUCUCAUUCAACAGAAGAUAGUAUCAGGAGUCCUCCUUGAAAUGUGGGCUAAGACUAAGUUUGGAGACUCUCGAGAGAAAAUGAUUCAAAGCCACAGCGUCAAGUUCGAUUUUGAACAGUUGGAUCUUGUUAUUAAGAAUCUCAAGUCUUCCAAAGGAAAAUUCACUUUAAAAAAUCAUGAAUUAAAAGGAAACCUGUCACUGUAUGGCUGAAUAUGCUACUCAGUUAUCAAGAAGAUGCUGGAGAAUGACUUGAAUAGGUCUGAAAAACCAGUAACUUCAUGUAGGAAGCUGUGUGACAAUAUUCACCACACAAUAAAAAACUUCUACAAUAGUAAAUGAAUAAGCCAAGAACAGAAGGAACUUAUCAAAGCUGAUAACAAAAUCAGAUACAUAAUUUCUGAAAUCUUCAGGUGAAGAGGAAUCUGGAAAAUGGAGGACAAAACGUUUUCCGUAAACACAACAAUCAUCCAGGGUCAACUCCUAGAGUUUACUCAGUAUGAAAAGUUAAGAAUUGUGAAGGACUUGAUGAACGAUAUUUCCAAGAUCGUAGCUAAACCAUAACACUCAAAACCUCAAGAGAUUCUUACUUAUUU